AUGAUCUCAGAAACUGGCAACGACAAUCUGAAGGAAGACUAUCUCCAAUCGGAAGCGAGCUAUUACCCAGACUCCCCCGUCUCCUCUUCUCCCGAAGCCGGGCAGCUGAGCAGGAGGCGGGACACCCUGACCAGCAGCAGCGGCAGCAUCAUCCCGGAGGAGAGCGGCUCCAUCCAGCGUCUGGUCUCCUCAGCCGCGGCCGCCUCCAGCAUCAUGACAUCGGGGGAGUUCAUGCAGACCGCUCCCCUGCUGGCGCACAAAUCCAAAAGGAGCCUGCUGUACAAGGCGCUGUGCUUCCUCCUGCUCGUCUUCCAGGGCGGCAUCCUGGACUUCUACCUCAUCAUCUUCACCGACCUGUACUGGUGCUCAUGGAUCGCCACGGAUCUGGUGGUGAUCUCGGGCUGGGGGAUUUUCUUCAUGAAGAACGCGCGGAGCAAGAGGGAGCGGGCCUGCGGCUUCCACCAGAAGAGCUCCAUCUUCGGCUGUAACCUCGGGGAGUUCACCUACGCCUACCUGGCCUGGCUCAUUUAUGUCAUCGCAUGCACUCCCAAGGUGGUGCUCAUCCUGGAGACGUCUAUCCUGGACCUGAUCGAGCUCAAAGUGCCGUGCGGAGUGACCGGCUUCAAGAUCAUCAUGCUGCUGUCCGUGCCGCUGCUCUUCUGCCUCAUCAACUCCAUCAUCGAGGAUCUGAACGGGGCGACACGGCACCGAUCCCAGAGCUGCUUCCUGAGCACCUGCCUGGACCUGCUGGACAGCUUCACGCUGGUGGAGAUGCUGCUGAGGAGCGAGAUCCCCACGCUGUACCUGAAGUACACCGUCAUCUCGGUGUAUUUCGUGGCUCUGGCCGUGCCGACGAUCUGGCUUUACGAGCUCACCGCGUCCGAGCUGCGCUUCCGGUGGCUGUGGGCCCGCUUCUGUGCGAGCCUGGUGGUCAACGCCCCCCUGCUGGUAGUCAGGUGUUUCCAGGUCUACGUCUACGGGAUGCCGGUGUCGGUGUUUAUGUUCAAAAACAUGUUCUUCUUAGUGUGUAGGUUCUUGGAGCUGGUGGAGCAGUGUGUGGCGGUUCGCGGGGUCCGGAAGCUGGCCGGAGGCGGCAACCCGGCCCAGUUCUCCCACUGCGUGUCCGAGAACGACAUGUGUCCGCACGGAUACGUCAACACCCUGGCUGUCACCCAGUCCUAGAGCCCGAACUGGGGCCUGGAGCUGCCUGCGUUCAAGACAAAGCUGCAAAUAGGAAAAUCCA